AUGCAUAGUUCAAGUAAUCAUGAAGUACGUUCUGGACAUUCAGGUAAUUUUUCCAAUCAUCUAACAACAGAAAAAUUAAAAGAUCAUCGAUCAAAUGAUAUAACUGAAUUACAUAGUAAAACAAAUACUUAUUCAUCUAAUGAAUUUAAUGUUCAUCGUGUUUAUGAUACAUGGGUUGCUAUAUUACAAGAACCUAAUAAUCCUAAAUCACCUAUUGGUACACAAGAUUAUAUUGAUGGUUAUAAAGAAUUAUUGAAAUUUUUUGAUCAACUUGGUUAUAUAUUUAAAUUUGUUAAAGAUGAUGUUGUUGAUAAAUUAGGAAUAUUACAAACAUUUGUUGAUAAAGAUAAAAAACGUACAAUAUUACAUUUUGAUACAAUACAAAAAGCUAUUGAAUAUGAAACUGAACAUAAUUUAAUUAAAACAAAUCCAAUAAAUUUUACACGAACUUUAUUAAGACUUCAUCGUGCAUUAUUAUUUAUUAUUGAAUUUCUUCGUUGUUUAGUUGAUCGACCAUUAUCAGAAAAUACAACAAUAAUUGCAACACAAUGUUAUGAUGCAACAUUAUAUAACUAUCAUGGUUUUUUUAUUCGUCAAUCUGUUAAAGUGGGAUUUCGAAUGUUACCAUCACGUCGACAAUUAGAUGAAAUUAUAUUUCAUGGUCAUAAAACUGAAUUAUUUGAACAAUAUAAAACAUUUAUAAAAAUCAUUCAACAAAUCUAUGAUAUAAUUCAAACAUUUUACGAAGAAAAAAAAUAUUUACAAUUGCCAUAA